AUGUCUUUGCAAGCUGCAGAUCUCAACUCUACACCACAUUCUUCUUCCACUUCUUUAAACACAACGUUAGUUGAAGCUCCUACACCACAGAAUCCAACUAUCGCUCUUGAAAAGUAUAAAAAGAAAGAUGCUGCCAAAGUCAUAGUUCGUUUUCGAGCAAUAGGAAAUGCCCCUAUUUUAAAACAAAAUUUGUAUAAAAUCAGUGCCUCCAAUAAAUUCCAAGCUGUCAUUCAAUUUUUGAGGAAGGAACUUAAUUAUAAAGCUUCCGAACCAUUGUUCUUGUACAUAAACAGUGCAUUUUCUCCUGCUCCAGAUGAAACAGUUGCCAAUUUAGUCAAGUGUUUCAAUACAGAUGGACAUUUGAUAAUAAAUUAUUGUACAAGUGCAGCUUGGGGUUAA